AAAAAUUGCAUUCGGUAUAGAAUGUUUUUUUAAGUUAAUAUUUUUGAGGGUGUGGAAUGGAUUACAGUAAUUCAAUUCCCCUUAUUUCUUAUGGGAAAAAUCGUUUCGACAUACAAUAUUUUGACUUAUGAUACGUCUCUGGGAAUGGAUUACCAUCGUAAAUCGAAGCCCCACUGUAUUUUUCAUUGCACUUUAAAUAUACAAAUUGGUCUAACUUACCCUUGUAGGUACAGUGUGUUACAAUGAUGUGGAAGUGAUACUUUGUUUACCAUCAUGGCAUCAGAUCUGGUGGUUAUCCAAGCAAAUGACUUGCAGCAGCUGAACUUUCUUCAUCAGGGCAGCACUAGACUGAAGGUGGUGUGUUUUGACCUGUGUUCGUCAUCAAUAGUACUGGGAGCUAACAGUGGCACCAUAUAUGUGCUUGAUCAUGAGACACUCAACCUCAAAAACCAAAUUCCAACAGAGAAUGGAUCAGUUGUGCAGCUCAGUAUAUCGCCCGAUGAAAGUUUAGUUGCGUGUGCUCUGAGCAGUGGAACUGUGGAUAUAUUUGAGCUGGCCAGCCAAAGUGGAGGAGGGUCACGGUACCUGGUCAGGUCUCGUGAACAUGAAGGUCACACGGUUUCAUCAGUUGCUUGGACACACAGCUGUAGUGAGGUGUACAUUGGAGACAUUUCAGGCAGAGUGUCAGUCCUUUAUAUUCCCAAGAGUAAAACUGUCUCCUUGUUUAGAAGUUCUUGCUCACAUCUGAUGACACUAGAAUCUGGUGUUACUCAGCUGGAUUACAGUGAUGGCUAUCUUCUUGUGUCAACUCUUACCCGUUCUUUUAUUUGCAACACGAGUCUUGAAACUUUCUUGCAAAUUGGAACAAAGUUGAGACAGGGUGAAUAUGGAGGAUGUUUCUGCCGGGUGAACCCUAGCAGCAGUAAUGCUCAAACUACUUGCUCUACUGGCAGUACUCACCAGGAACUGGAGGAAAGUUUAGAAGCCCUACAAGCUGUUACUCAACCUUUGUCUGGCUCGGAAACAUCAGGAUUAUCCGAUUGUUAUGAAGCAGUGGAAGAUGACCAAGCUGACAAGAGUACAAAACCAAGCCAAGAAAACCACAGUAGUUUAAAAGUUGGUUUAACAUCUAGAAUAUUUUGUGCACGUCCUGGCACAAGAAUUUGGGAGGCUGAUCAUUCUGGAAAGGUUCUUGUAACACAUCAGCUCAAAAGGGCUCUUAUGGUUCCUCCUGCUGAGGUGCUUUUAACAGAUGGAUCAUUUGGUGAACAAGAAUUGUUAGAAGAGAUUGAUAAGACACCAAGCACCAAGACAUUAGGGUUAUGUUUUCAGUAUACACAUCAGAAAAAGGAAGAUCCCUCACAAACCAAGACACUCGAAAAAGCUUCUAAUAGCUCAUCAAAUUAUAACACAGCAUUGUCAGUUACAUCACAUCCACCAGUCAGUGUUGCAUUUACAAAGUUGCUCAGCUUUUACAGCAACUACCUUCUUGCCAUCUCUACUUAUGGUUUGUAUGUUAUAGAUCCAGCAAACUCGAAAGUACUUUUGUGGAUUAGUGUAUCAGACAGUGUUACUGAUGUAAAGGUUUCAGGGAAUACUCUUAUCUACAAAACAGGCAAUGGGUGUAUACAAAACUUUAUGAUAACUACAGUAGAUAUUGCUAUUUUAGUUUUACACACACGUGGUCAUCAUGUAGGGUGUGCUCAACUGUGCUUACAGUAUAAAGAAGUUUUCUUAAAAUCUGAAUUGCUGUCUCGUUUAGGGGCAAAGAUAUUAACAGAUCUUUCCAACCAUAUUAUUAGUAAAGUCAUUCAAGAGAGACUGCAAAGUUUGAAGAUUUAUGCUGGUUUAGAUAAAGUAAAUGAGAAACAGAGUAGCAGCUAUCAUUUUGAGUCUCGUGUUAGUUGUGUCAGAAAUGAUAGCUUGGAAGAUUGCAGAAUCAGAGAAGGCCUCAACUCUUUUAUAUUUGGUCCUCGAAUGUUUCUCCCAACAUCAGUGACAAGAUGGUACAGUGAUCCUUAUUUACGUCGGGGACGGGAGGAAAUCUCUGUGCAACGUUGCACGGUUUCGGUUGAAAGCAGCCCACUUCAUCAUGCACAUCGAGAUAAAAAUCUUGGACAUAAUACAACAUACAUGCAAGAUAUACAGAGCCCUCUAACCUUGAGCCACAUGUGUCGUGAAGAUGCACUGCAAUCAAAGUCAUUAGGUAAAGUCAUUAAUGGGUUCAGUAGUCCUUCUCCUUCAACUGAAAAUAAAUGUAGCAGUUCAGAACUAUAUCAUGAAGUAAACAGUCCCUCUCUGUCUUCUGGAAGAUGCUCUCAACAUUCUGAUCAUAGAUCUCAUAAAAGCUUUGAGAGUUCUAUAGAAAUGUAUGAAGACCCAUUAUUUUCUUCAGAUACCAGCUCACCUGACCUUGAAAUGGCAUCAAGAAUAUUCUUGGAUAGUAAUCAGUCUUCAAGUCAUUCUUACGAUUCCCACAUUUACAAUCUCACUUAUGCUCCCAUUCAUCCUGGCUCUGAAGCUGCUUCUCUUUUACAGGAUUUAAUGGAAAAUGUUGCUACUAAUAUGGUCGACACCAUAACCUCAGGAACUAAAAAUUUGACAGAUCGAUUGAAAAGUGUAACGCCACUUAUGUCUACAGGAGAUGGAUCUUCUAGGAAAUUAGUUGAUGAGCCAUUUUCAAUAUUGGAUAUACUUGGAAGUAGCUCAAAUACAGAUCAGGAAGACCAGCUACAGAGUAGUACAUCAGGGGAGACAGAUCAAUUGGAUGAUUUUAAUACAAGCAUUGUUAUUAAAACCAAAUCAAAAAAGAAACAUACACAAAAUAAUACUGGAAGCAUUCCGCUCUUGUAUAAGACAACUAAUGUUCCACCUGGAGAGGAAAUAACACGACCAUGUGUGGAACUCCCAGGAAUUGUCAAAAACUUGCAUGAAUUGGUGACAUCCACCUUUCGGCAGAUAAUAAAUGCAGAUGAUGAAGCACAAGCCUGCAUCCUCUUAACCCAUUGGUUAGAAGUAUAUUUUAGCACUGUCCAGCAGAUACAACCCAGUAAACAUCAGUCCUCACAAGCCAGUGAAGAAAUGCCUGCAGAUGGCCCUGUGUCACUAUCUUCAGUUGACUCCUCACACUCUCAGGGUAGUGGAAGAACCUCGUGUGAUUCUCUUCACUGGGACAGUAAUGAUAUUGGUUUUGAACCAUCUGUCAUGAAUGCUGAUAUCCUUGAACAGAUCACAGAGUUGUUUCUCCAAUGUUUAAAUACUGGUGUCUACAUUGAUGACAUUUAUAAUGCUAAAGUAGCACCUAACCUUCAUAAGCAAGACAGUAUGCAACACCCCCUGACGCCCAAAGCAAUACAAAAACUAGAUGCUUUAUAUGCCUAUCUAAUAUCAAAUGAUUGUGGUUUACUUCAUUAUUCAAACCUGCUCAAUGCCUUAGAUACUCUUGGGCAGCAUUAUUAUGUUAUGACAUGGGCAGCUUUGCUGGAAAAAGUGACAAGUGGUGGAUAUAGUAGCCAUCCAUUAUCAUCCAUUAUUCCUGAUUUGGACUUUACACGCUCUCAGAGGGUGUCAAUCCUUUAUAGACUAGCCUCUGCUGGGAAUAUGAAGAAUUUUAUCACCGCUGCAGCUCAGAUUGACAAUCCUGCUGUGAUAACUGAUGUGAUAUUCAUAUUGAAUCAUUUUGCAACCCGCUCACUUGAGGUGGGUUGUUCAUCUAACAAGUCACAGUUUCAGAAACAUUUCUUACAGUACUUGAUUGAAUUGUCACAACACAAGAAUUUGAUUCAGUUAUAUCUGAAUAAUUGGAUUUCAUGUUCCGAGCUUCAAUAUGACAUUCUUAGUGUCUUAUUAAACACUGCUAAUCCUAGUACAUUUUCGUGCAGUUGUGGUAUGCCAAUACCAUGCUAUAGACCUGUGAAUUUGGAAUAUCUUGUAGAUGCCAUAGUAGACCAUGAUAUAUUGGAUGCUAAAAAUUUGUCUGAAUUGUGUCAGAACUUGGGGUACUGGAAAGGAUAUUGCAUUAUUACUCUGGCAUAUAACUUGCACUCCAGCAGUCAGUGUUUUCCAUUCAUCUUACAAAGUUGUAAUCUGCAUCUCCUUUAUGAUAUCAUGGAGGUAUUACAGGCAGAUGAAUUUAUGAUGAUCAUUGAUAUAUUAGCUAGCAUCACUAGUGAAGAUAAUUUUAUCAUGAAGUGCUAUAAAUGUAACAAUAAAAUUAAUUUUCCUGAGGAAGUGGUAAACAAUAUUGUUGAGAAACAAAAACCAUUUCAAUACAUAUUCCAAGUAAGCGGAGAACCUCAUUACACAGAAUUAAAUGCAGAAGAUUUUGAUAAAGCUGAAGCAUUGUUCAGUGCAAGCAAAGAUAUUAAUAGACAUAUCAAAGAACUGGUCCAUCCUGGAAUGUCAAGUGAUGAAAGUGUAUCCAGCAUGGGAGAGUUGUGGGAGGCAGUGGUGGCACAUGUUCUUCGAAGAGUUGGAGCUGUGGAGACUCUACAACUGCUGAGUUGGGUGCAAGACAAGAUUCCACCAGGAAUAUUGACAGAAAGAAUUUACAAUUGGUGUAUUUUGACUUCAUUGGCUGAAAAGAAAGGCCAAACUGCAAGCUGGUCUCUUUUGGACGCUCUGACUUGUACCAAGAGAAAAUUUUACUCUCACAAGAUAGCCAAAGCACUUCAGAGACAUGAUGCCGUAAACAACAGAGCUAAUAAAGAAACUGUGAAACUUUCCAAAUACAGCUUUGAGGGUGUUAAACAUGAAGGGCAUCAAAAUGAACUAAAGAUGGAUCAGAAUGGUGAUGACCCUGUUCCCCCGAAGUCGUCAAUGCAUGGUGUUCGGCAGCCUCCAAGACCUUUGGGACACCACUGGGGAGUGCAGACUCAGGUUUUACAAGGCCUAUGUUUUUGUUGUCAUUUAAAAUUACCUACCCAUGCUUUAGUGAUUGAAGGAGGCAUUACUGUGUUUCCAUGCAGCCAUGCCUUCCAUACCAUUUGCUUAUCUCAGAGGGGUCAUCACUGUGUCAUUUGUGCUCAAAAUGGUUCUCAAAACUUAUAAUCAUAAGCAGAUUUUGAAUUUUAAGAUACAUGUUGAUCAUUCAUUUAAGUCCUUCCAUUGGAACGUCCGUGAUACUUAAUUAAAAUACAGGUCAAAUGUCAGCACUUCGCACUCUCGCUUCUUGUUAGAAAUGCUGUAUUGUUUCUAUGCUGUAUAAAUUUGUAAUCGUCGCCUUUUAUACUAUUGUACAUCCAGUAUUUGAUUUUCAUAAAUAAUUCUGCAGUUUUCUGUUAUCACGUUAGACAAUAGUAAAUAAGGUUAAUCCUAUAUUACGAACACACACUUUAUUCAACUUCGAUAAUCUUGAUUUGUAAUUGAAUUCCUAGCAAGAGAACAAGAUGAAUACUAUGAAAAGCCCUGCUAUCUCAAUGUAAGGCAAUAUCUUACCUAUUUACAAAUGAUUAUUUUCACUCAUGCAUUUGUCUUAAUUAUCUACAACUUAAUUUCCAAACCAAUGAAUGCCUAAAUCUUUUAAAGAUUUGCAUUUCUGUAACUUUAAAUCGACUAAGACACGUUUGUUUUCAUUUCUUCUAUGCCUUUGAAGAGUGUAACUUCAGUGCCCUUAAUAUAAAUUUGUAAGAAAGAUUCCUGAUGCUGGUAAAUAACUAUUGUUCCACUUUGUAUGUAAAAACGUUUUCCAUUCAGUAAUGGUUAAGCUUAGUGCAAGUUACGGUGAUAUUGGGAAGUGAUAAAGUGUUGAUGUGAUAUAUACUAGUCUGUACAAAAUAAUGCAUACUGACCGGCCCAGAGUCGAGGCUUUGCUAAAUGUAGAUACAUCCUCUGUUAACUCUUCCUAUUAUAGGUAAAGAAAUGUCAAGGCAGAGUAAUUAUGUGUGCCCAUAGGGUGAAGGAAACCCUCAGUUUGUGAAGGAUCUUUCCAUUUUGUUAGUUAUGUUCCUGCACCAGAAUGGAUGGCAAUUUCCUGCAGCAGUUAAGAUCUGAGCUGGGCUUCAGAUCUCAGGGCUGUGAAGCUGGGCUUCACAGCCCUGCAUGUGUAUCAACAGUACUGGUACUAUAAUAUUGGAGAAAAUCUCUUAUCUAUCAACAUACCAUCUAAACAUUGUACAGUAAUGUUUUUAGCAUUGUGCCAGUAAAUUGUUAAUGUAAGAUUAUGGAAGUGUACUGUAAAUAUUUAUUUUUAUGCAGCUACUGUUCUCCCUCUUAGAUAAGCUAUAUGGAACCAGACUCCUCAGUGAGGUUCAUUUAUAUGUCAAUAUUCAUAUCUUUCUAAAUUUUUAGCCAACUUUUUCACUAACACAAAGAAUGGACAUGCUUGCUGCAGCUAUCAGCUGAGCAUAUUUAAGAUCUUAAAAAAGCAAAAAAAAAAUUCUGGGCUCAUAUAAUAGGAGUCAUUAUAUGACACGGGUAAUGUCAUACCUAUAUGACACGGGUAAUGUCAUACCUGUAUGACAUUACAGGUAACAAACUGCACACUUUUAAUAGUUACAUGUCCCAUUUUUUUCUCCCUCCUUCCACAUAAUAGAUGGUGGAAAACAACUCUGCCUAGGUUAUGUAUUGGCCACAUAUGCUUAACUAACGGGCACUUAACCCCUAAACUGCGCAAAACUUCAUAAGAAGUGUGACCAUGAGCUCAGUUUUUUUAAUUUUCUGAGACUCUUUCAAAUGUUUUGUGCAUAAUCUACUAAGCAAAUGCUCCAACUUUGUCUAAAUGAUACCAGUGUAACUUGAAAAACAAGAAAAUAAAAAAUAUUAUAAAAUUGAAUAUUAAAAACUUCAGAUUUUGAAAUCGGCUGUAAAAAUGUAAAAAUCACCAAUUGUUCAUUUGGUGUUAGGCUCUCAGAAUAGCAUAUGCUCUUCAUUUUCAUACAUUUAGAAUACAAUGGCACCUCGACAUACGCUUGCCCCUACUUAAAAUUAUUAUAAGUUACAAUGUAAAUUUCAUCGAAAAAUGCGACUCGACAUCCGAUGGUGUCAUUGACUUCCGAUAUUUGUUGGUACAUGUU